AUGCGUACUUUCAGUCUUGUUCCCCUGGCGGGAAUUUUGUUAUCAUAUCUCGCCGCCACUAUACAAGCACAGACAGAAACAAACACCACCACAAACAGCGAUAUCCCGUCGCUAUUCAUCAGCCCAAGCAAUGAUCUGGCCUUUGCCCUCAGCGUGCCCAAAGACUCGUCGACGGAUCUGUACUUUUCGCUCAUGUUUCCCAAAUCCGUCACUUGGGGCGCCAUUGGUCUGGGCACGUCCAAGAUGGCCGGCGCGCUCAUGCUGGUGGCCUACUCGUCGUCGUCGGGCGACAACGUGACGCUCUCGCCGCGGAUCGCGUCGGGCCACUCGGAGCCCGUCCACACGACCGACAUUCGCGUCGAGGCCCUGGACGGCACGGGCCUGGUCGACAAUGCCCGCUACGUCUUUCUGGGCCGCUGCGCCAACUGUCGGUCGUGGAACAUAAAUGGCCGGGGCGGCGACGUCGACGUCGAGAGCAAGGCCCAGAGCUUUGUCUACGCCACGGGUCCCGACGGGGAUAUCCGCUCCGACGCCCUGGAUGCCCCCCUCAAGAUGCACCUCAACUACGGCACCUUUACCCUGGACAUGGUGCACGCGACGACUGCCGACGCUGCGGCGCCUACCAUCACCAUCAGCAACAGCACCGAUCUGGUGGCGACCACGCAGGGUCUGUCCGUCCUGGGCAAGAGCGAUACCGCCGCUCGGGCCCAUGCCAUCAUCAUGGUCUUGUGCUUCAUCGGGCUCUACCCGUUUGGCAUCCUGGUCCUGCGCCUCGGCAACUGGGUGCGUUGGCAUGCCGUCAACCAGGGCCUGGCACUCAUUGGUGUCAUUGUCGGAUUUGGCCUGGGUGUGCAUUCCAGCUACUUUUAUAACAGGUCCAAAGGAUUCAAGAGCGGUCAUCAGGUGCUCGGUAUUCUGCUGUUCAUCUUUGUAAUUGGACAGUUUGUGCUCGGCUUCAUGCAUCAUCGAAUCUACAAAAAGACGCAGCAACCGACCAAACUCGCACCUGUACACGUAUGGAUGGGCAGGGUUAUUAUACCUGUGGGUGUAAUCAAUGCGUUUCUGGGCUUCCGCUUCGCCCAAAGCCCUCAGUACAAUUGGGUGCUCGCGGGCCUGGUCAUCUUCCUCUUCCCAGCCAUGGCCCUGAUCCUCUUUACAAAGCGAUGCAUCUCGAAGCGCUGGAACCAGACCAAAGCCGAGCCUGGGCAAGACGGCCAAGGUGGUGGUUACAACAUGGAACCCUGGAGGCCAGAGACGCAGACUGCUACCGACGGCCAGCAGAAUGCAGCGCCGCCACCAGGACCGUACGGUCUCAGUCAGCAUGGCGCACCUGUUGGACUACAACAGCAACAGCAACCAGAUAUGCGGUCAUACGCAAACUAUAGCUACCAAAGCAGUAGCGCGUAUAAAAGGCCAGAUUUAGGUUCACAGCAAGAGGCCCGAGAAUAG